ACAACUUGACCACUCUCUGCACCAGACAACUAUUCUACGCAAGGCGGCGGUAGCACCUCUACGAAGGGCAGGUGUGGUGCCAACAGUACCUGCUUUGCACUAUACCCAUUUCCUAGAGUGAUUUGCGUAUCAAAGAGAGCGGCGCCUCAUACCCAAGACCCGCCUUACCCAUGGCGCCCAGAGCCGAACUCAUAUUCCACGGCACCGGCACUUCCUCCUGCCUUCCCAACAUCGCCUGCAUCACCGCUUCUCCCACCGACCCGCGGUGCGAGACCUGCUGGCUAGCGGCGGACGCAUCGCGGGGUGCUGCAGUUGACCUACAGGCGGAAGAGGCUAUCCGGAAUAGACGAAGGAAUACGGGCGCUAUCUUGAGGUACUCCGAUCCUGCUAAAGGAGAGGAGACAGUGAUCGUUGUUGAUGCUGGGAAGAGCUUUGUACAGGCGGCGAUCGAGUGGUUCCCGGUGCACAACCUGCGAGAAAUAGACGGACUGCUGCUCACCCACGCUCAUGCAGACGCCAUGAACGGGCUGGACGACCUGCGCGGCUGGACACUCCACGGCCGAAUCCAAAAACACAUCGACAUCUACCUCACGCAGCGUACGUUCGACGAAGUCAAGCGUACCUUCCCCUACCUCGUCGAUAAGGGCAUGGCGACCGGCGGGGGAGAUGUGCCGGAUUUCGUGUGGCAUAUCAUUAGCGAGUUUGACGAGGUGGAGAUCAAGGGCGUCAAGGUCGUGCCCUUAUUAUUGCACCACGGGCGAUAUUUCGAGCCUCAAGCUACGCUCUCCCUCGCCUCUCCCCUACCUACACGGCCGGAAACGCCCAAUCCCGGCUUCACGCCCAAGUCAGGCGCAUCCACCCCCUUGCUCAAGACCAACGGCCUCGCUCCACCAAACACCUCUAUAGGAAACCUCUUACCAAGUACACUGUACGCCAAACCCAUCCCGACGCCCAUCCCAUACCCGAGUCUCGGCUUCCUCUUCCCCAAGUUCCUCUACUUCUCCGACGUGAGCGAGAUACCAACCGAGACGACACAGUACCUCUCCUCCCUAGCAGAAGAGGACAAACCCCAGGUGCUGAUAAUCGACUGCCUCCGGCCCAAACCGCAUAUGUCGCAUUUUGGCUUCGCCCAGUCCAUCCAGGCGGUGAAACAGUUCUCGCUCACGCGGAGCUACAUCAUCGGAAUGACCUGCGGCACAGCGAGCGAGUUUGUCACGCACCGCGGGUGGGCACAACUCUGCGGCCGGCUGAGCGAGGGCCGACCAGGCCUGGACGAAGACCGAUGGCAGGGCUCUGAGGGGGAGCGCAGGAGGUGCGAAGCGGCGUUGCAUGAUGCUCAGGCAGCGAUUGGUUCCCCGAGCUCGCCGUGGGUUAGACCGUGCUUUGACGGCAUGAGGAUCCUCGUGGAUGAGAAGGACGUAUCUGACGACGUUUACGAUGAUGUCUAUGGGGCAUAGAAUUCCGAGUACAUGGCUGUAGAAAUUUCCAAUCGGAAGUGACGUAGAACGGACUGAACGAUUACUAUUCUCG